CGUGCCCACAGUCGUGCAUGGGCGGGAACAGAACGCGCACGAGAACAUGCAGUAACCCAGAGCCACAACAUGGAGGAACAGAUUGUGUUGGCAAUAACACAGAGACAGCCGAGUGUGCAGUGGUCGCCUGUUGCUCCAUGUCUCUUCACACCACAGGGAGACGGAUCACAUCCGGGACUCAAUUAUUGUACGCCAUCACGUCCACCAAAGAAGAGUGCGUUAAUUUAUGCUGUGCAGACAACGACUGCAAAUACGCUAACUGGAGGAAUGACGGCGAGAACGCAUGUAAAACUUUCUCUGAUUGGUCAGGCUACACUCAAGGCCAAUCUGUGCCUUUUGAUUAUUUUUAUUAAGGCCGUCUGCCGUUGUGAAGAUGCUUUGACUGUUUUUAUUUGCAAGCUAUGUUUCUUUUCUAUUGGACUCCGUUACCUUUGGAUAAAAGAGAGCCUAAACAGGAGUAUUUAAUGAAAAUUAUUAGCCAUCGCUGGCCCGUAGCUCGGGGGCGGGAAAAGGUACACAAUGGU